AUGAAUUCUGAAUUAUUCGCUUGUUAAUUUUGCAAGGAAUAUUUCUCUAUUUAAAGAGAGCCAUUUCUAUUACCUGAUUGUGGUCAUAGUGUAUGUGCAGAAUGUCUAACUGAAAAAUUAAAAAAUGGGAAUCAAUUUGUAUGCAAAGAAGAUGGGUAUUAAUUUGAAUUAUAAUCAUAGGGUAUAAGUAACUAGGAAUUAAAUGAAUGAAUUCCCAAAAAACUUUGCUUUAAUGUAAAUAAUAAAAAAUAAGCCAACAAAUAGAAAAAUUGUAAUGAACAAUUCUCCAAAAUAAUUAGAAAAUGAAUAAGAUCCUGAUAGAUGUAAGAAACAUGGUGAAAAAAUGGAUGUUGUUUGUGUUGAUCAUCGAGUGAGAAUUUGUGCAAAAUGUGCAUUAUUUGGAGAUCAUGCAGAUCAUAAAGUUGUUAAUUUAGAAGAUGCGUUAAAAAAGAUUAUAAGAAGAAUUGAAGAAUUAAAAGAUAUGUCAGAAAGACUGGAUAAAGCUGCAAAUGAAACCUUUGAAAUGUCUUAAUAUUUUAACAAAAUUGAAUUGCAUUUUUAAUCUAAUUUAGAUAUAUAGAUUAAGCAAAUCAAUUAAUUUUUUGAUGAAUUAACCAUAAUAUUAGAUAACAAAAGAAAUAAAAUCAUAUAGGAAUGCAAGGAUAAAAUAAUCCAUUCAUAAGAACUUUAUAACAAAUAUAUAGCUGAAGCAUUUAUUGAUGUCUAACGAAAAGUUGAGUUAUGGAGAAUGACUAGUAAAGAUAGAAUUCAAUACUAUGAAGAAUAAUAAAAGUCUAAUUCUAUUCCAUUUGAAUUGAUAUCAAUUUCUUCAACUAACGAAUUGAUGUUGAUUGGUGCAUAAUAUCUAAAAGAAUUAGAAACUACAAAAUAAUAAAUAUUACUUAAGAUAGAUGAACCAUCUUUUAGAGAAAUACAUCUAGAACUUAAAAGUGAUUUAGAGUAAUUCAUAAAUACUCAUUUGAUUAUUUAUUAAAAAGAUCCUUAAUUUAGAUUAGAAAAUUCCUUAUCAAGACUUGAAUCUAUUACUGAAUGUUCAUUGCUAAAAGAUAUUAAUAGUUCAAUAAUUUAGGAUCCUUUAAAUUAAAAUUAAAUGGAAUUAUGGAUCAGAUAAUAUUAAGAGAAUCAACAGUAUAAAUAGUAAUUAAAUCAAUAAUAAUAAUAAUAUUAAUUACAAUCACAAUAAUAAUAAUAAUAGUAAUAGUAAUAAUAGUAAUAGUAAUAGUAUUAAUAGUAAUAGUAAUAAUAAUAGUAAUAGUAAUAAUAAUAGUAAUAGUAAUAGUAAUAAUAAUAAUUUUUAUAUGCUCCAUAAUAGUAAUAUUAAUAACCUUAAAAUUCAGCUUAUUAAUAGUUAUCCUAUUCAAAUCAUUAGCGAACUGAUCAACCUUUAACAUCUUAAGAAUUAGAUGAUUAAUAUUUGAAUAAUUUAAAGAAAUCCCCUUCAGCAACAACUUUAGCUACUAGACGAACUGUUUCUCCUUCACCUAUCAGAAGAUCAAUGAAAUAAAAGAAAAUCAAUGAAAAAUUCUAACCUUUAAUUGUUAAAUUAAAAGGAGAUAAUUUAGAUUAAUGUGAUUUUAGUCAAGCUGAAUUAGGAGAUGAAGGAUUACUUGCUUUAAUUACUAUAAUAAAAAAAACAAAAAAUCUAAGAGUGUUAAAAUUAGCGAAAAAUAAAAUUUAAGAUGGAGCAGCCUAAUAAUUAUUGGUAGAAUUGAUAGAAAAACAAAAUGAAAAUGAUUAAGAGAACAAUUAAAUAUAAACUAUAAAUUUAUCAAGUAACAUGCUAACUGAUAAAAUUAUAGAUACCAUACUUGAUUUAUGUAUUAAUUUUAUAUUUUUUAGGUAAAAAAUAUUCUAAAACUAUGCAGCAUUAAUCUUUAAAUUAAAUUUAUUUAAAUCAAAAUAUCAUAAAUUUAACAAGAGUCAAAAGGAAAGUAGAUGAAAUCAAAAAGUAUGGAUUAAUAAUAGCCAUUUGA